AUGUCAGCAAUAUCGACACUUAUGGUAAGUACAGACCGCAUCAUUUCACUUUUAUUUCCGAUGCGAUAUUUCGAGAAGAACUAUUCAUAUCAAAUCAAGCAGAUCACUUUUUAUUUCGGUUCAGUGUCACUAUUCAUCUUCGUUUGCUGGUUUUUUUCCUUCAAAGAUACGGAAUCUAUGUUGCAUGGUUUUUGUUGGUCAGGUGAUGUUCUGCAGCCGUUUUUCGCGGAUUUGCAUGCUUUGGUGAUGAUCAUUUCCACAUCCUUAAGUGUUAUUCUCUACAUUGCUGUAUAUUUGUUGAGCAGAAAACAUCUUCGCCGGAUAAAAAGUAAUCAAUCGGAGACAUCGCUACGGUUAUUUGAAGCACGCCAGUGUAAGCUCACCAUUACAAUGGGUGUUUCCUGUGUGUUCACUUUGUUUUUUUACGUGAUACCAUUAUGCAUUAAGUUGUUGAUAGGCGAUAAUGAUGACGAUCCAACAACCUACUAUUCCGAAUUGAUCCGUGUAGCAGUAGCAAUUAGUUGUAAUCUAAAUCCAUUAACAAAUAUAGCUGCAAUCCUCAUAAAACAGGACGAUAUUGCGUGCCACGUGAGGCAAUUAUUUCCGGAAUGCAUUCAGAAAAGCAUUUAUAAGUGCGACCAAAUAACACUUGUUUGUGGCAAAAGUGUAACUCUGGCUGUUAGUUCAAGAACGAACUGA